UUCGAACUCGUCUCUUUCUGUCCCGUCAAAUCUUUUGUAUAGCUUCCCACACCUCAGCUUAACCACGGAAUCAGCACCAAAGCAUCUCCAAAUCGCUUCAUUGCUUAGGGAUUUCUGCUCAUUCAAGCUCUCAACACGAAAUCUCUCGUUGGUGCUGAGCUUCUGUGUUCGACAAUGUCCGUCGUCACCGCUCCGGCUCCUGUGGCUGUUAGACACGCUGCUUUUCGCCAGGAUGGAGAAGCAAGCAAUGCAACUCUGAGCCAUGACACUGGGGUUGUCGCUGGCAGAGAGACGUCAGAUACCAGUCAUCCUCGUCCGUUGCAACGAUCCGCAAGGACAAUGUCUUCGGCUGCUCCGAGCGGAAAAACUAUGUCUCUCCAUCACGCUGCUACCGACGAACUUCGCUCAUCCCAGAGCGAUUUCCGUGGCCGUGGGACUGCAUGGGCAAUUAUCUGUAUCGCCCUAUGCGCCGUCACCGGGUUCACCUUUGCCUACUUCUAUACGGCUCAUUUUGAAUGGCAAGCGAGUUCUGUUUGGGCAUUGGUCUCGGCUUCGAUUCUACGAGCCGUCGGCCUCUGUGCCGUCAUGGUCCCGGCUCUGUUUCGCAGGACAGGCUUUCGUCUGGAGCGUCGACGCACUUUCGUCUUUCUAUGUCUUCUGAGUCUCAUGUCAGUGGUUGCAGCCUGGGUACUUUGGCACUUCCGCUCCCCCAAGUGGCCGCAGGUUCUGCUCACGGUUUCGGACGUGUUCUCGGCCAUCGCAGGUGCUCAAUUGGUGAUAUCUAGUGCCUAUGAGCUGACGGCGAUGCCCUACGAUUCGAUUGAUAUGGAUGCGCGUUGGGCAGAGCUAGAAGCGCAGAACACCCACUAACGUCAAGAGCAUGAUCAGGAUCACACUCUGAAGUUCGAGAUGUCUAUCGUAGAGGCUCACAAUCACGGUAUGAGAGGUCUUUUUCACUCGUCGCUUGGUUACUUGUCGUUUCAUCCCCAGUGGGUCCAAAUAAACACUGGGUGGGGGGUU